AUGGCAGACGAGAUCAAAGAAGAUCCCGACCAAAUGACACUCGAUGGCGACAUUGGUGGAGCCAAAAAGAGGAAGACGGCGGUCCAGAUCGCCUGCCAACGCUGCCGGAAGAUGAAGCAAGCUUGCGAUAGUGAGAAACCGGUAUGUGGGCCAUGCUCGAGACGCAAAGUCAAAUUUUGUGUCUACGAGCGUGAAGUCUUUCCAAAAGAGAGCCGGCAAGCUGCGAUAAAACGUGAUCUACUCCAGGCCGAGGAUGAUUUACGACGAAGUCGCGACGAAUGUGACAAGUACAAAGGACAACUCGAAGAGGUCACCGAUGCUCUCUCUUUCUUGCGGACCAGAUCCGAGCAGGAAACGAUGCAGAUCUGGCGAUGGGUCAAAAGCGAUCCCUGUCCCAUCAAAGCCCUUGCCAGCAUCACAGUACCAACAUCUUAUCCAGGCUGGACCUCCACGGUGGCAUGCACUACAUCCCAACAUUUCCAUCACGUUUCACAACAGCAGCAUGAUCCGCGGCAUCACCAACAAAAUUCGCAACGAGAUCAGCGUCAGCAGUUACCACCGCUGGCCUCAUACCAUCUUCAGCCAUACCUUACCCAACACCCACCUCCUCCGCCACAACAAUCAACUCAAUAUCCCGAUCAUCAGCACCACCAUAGCCAUGAGUACGAGUGACGUCGCGCGCCAUGAUACGCUCCUCCGCCACGAUAUGAACAGAACGGCUGGCUGAGGCGUGCUUUGGAGCUCGUUGA